AUGAAAUCUGAAGGCGCGCUUCGGCGCGCAGUCAAACGAGAACGCUCUCUCUCGGAUGAAGCCCAAGAUUGCAAAAGGGCCCGGCAAUCCUCUCCCCCAGCCGAACCUGUGUUUGGACGUCUCCAAGUCACCGCUGAUGCUGAUGGCAUCAGCCAAGUCACCAAAAAACGCCCCGACCAAGUAGUCGUCGACUCCAUAGCGGACGAUGCAUUUGCCUCGUACGGGUCACGCGAGCAGGCCUACAAAAUGCUCGACAAGAUGAUGGAGCACGGCAAUGGGGAAGUCUUCACUUGUGUCGUCCGCUUCGUGCCAGGACCCCCGUCCUCGCAAUUGCGAGGCCCAGAAAUACCUGCGAUCUCUGCUAUACCGUCCUCGGACGUGCCUCCAGCGCCCUCCGGAAUGCCUCCUCCACUGCCCCUAGAGCCGUCUCUUCUACCACCUCUGGAGCCGCCUCCUCCGACAUCUCUGGCAUCGGUACCUCCACUCCCCCCUUCACCCAAGCAAGGUGCGACGGAAUCAGCCGCCAGGUCUAGUCGUGCUUUAUCUAUACAGAUCAAGAGCGAAGUGAGUCCUGGAGUGGAGACUGGUCGACAGGUUACCGACAAGUUGAAAGGCAGCAAUCGCCAAGUGGCGCGACCGGCUAGCCCCAAGACAGUUCGGCAGGCCCCUGCCCAAGACAAUGAUCGCCAAGUUGUGCAAAGGUUCGGAAUGGAUGAUCCUGUGCCUUCCCGAGAGUCGCCGGAAGACAUGGCUAUUGUCCCUGCCAGCAAAUCCCAUCCUCAGCAAUCGAGAAGACAAAAAAACAAACGGUCGCGAAACAAUAACCGUGGUAAAACCAAUAAUAACAACCGCCAUGUCUACAAGUCCAGGCCAGAUCCACACACUCACAUCAUGUUCCGGAGGAUGGGUUCUAGGGAACCUUACGACUUCCAGCAGAGGAACGAACAAUGCGCCAACAUUAUCUGUGGCAGUUGCUCGGCCCGGGGCCAUCACCUCUUGGAUUGCGUUUGA